AUGUGCCAGCUUCAUGCAGGAAGGGAACGGCUGGCUGACGAAGCACUGAAACGCCGCGUGGCACGGCCGAGUUUGGGACCCCGGGCCGGGCCCGGGCAGAGCCGAGCCCCGCUGCAGCCUCGGGCCGCGGGCAAGGAACCGGCUCGUGGGGAGCGAGCCCCGGGCAGCUCCUCCCCGGCGCUGGGCCGGGCUGGGCGAGCGGCUCCUCCCCCGGCCCCGCCCGCCUCCUUCCGGCCCCGGCCCGGUCCCGGCUGCGGCCCAGCCCGGCGGAGGACGCGCCUGGCGGCAGGAGGCUCCGAGCAGCGCCGAGCCCCGGGCCGCGCAGGGGGCAUGGCCGCUGGGAGCGCUGCGCAGGCCCUGGUGUCGUUCGAGGACGUGGCGGUCUAUUUCUCCCUGGAGGAGUGGGUGGCAUUAGCCGAAUGGCAGCGGGAGCUGUACCGGGAGGUGAUGAUGGAGAAUUACGAGCUCAUCGCCUCGCUGGGUUCUGCAGGCCCCAAACCGGAAAUGAUCUGUAAAAUGGAGCGAGGGGAAGAGCCACAUGCCGCAGCUCCCCAGGGAGAGAGGGACAGAGGAAUCCUGGAUGCCCCCAGCACAGCUGGCUGGGGCAGGCGUGUCAAGGAGGAGCUGUCUGCGGAGGGCUACAACGAGCAGUGGGUGCCACACACGUCGCUGGCCGGGGGAGCCGAGGGGUUUGUGCUGGAAUAUCCUGCCCUGUGGUGUGAGGUGAAGCAGAGGGACCUGGCGGGAGACGCCCCCCAGCAAUCGCCGGAGUGGGAGAGGAGGGACGGCGCGUUCCUGGGCGGCAUGCUGGCCAUGAUCCACCCGGUGAGCGAGGGCCCGCUCAUCUGCUGCGAAUGUGGGAGGAGCUUUGAUGACGAGGCCUCGCUGAGCGUCCACCAGCGCCUGCACCCGGGCGCCGGGCCCCACGAGUGCCGGGCCUGCGGGAAGAGCUUCCGCCACCGCCGCAACCUCUUGACCCACAAGAAGCGGCGGGGAAAGAGCCAGCACACCUGCACCGAGUGUGGGAAAAGCUUCUGCCUGAAGGGCGACCUGCUGCGGCACCGGGCGGGGCACGCGGGCGAGGGCGGCCACACCUGCAGCCUGUGCGGGGAGAGCUUCCGCCACAAGAGGAACCUGCUGGCCCACAGCAAGGAGCACGUCGGGGACACGCCCCACCGGUGCUCGGAGUGCGGGCAGAGCUUCGGCAACCUGGCCAGCCUGGCCCAGCACGAGGCGGCGCACCGCGAGGAGAGGCCCUUCGUCUGCGCCCGCUGCGACCGCAGCUUCAGCUGGAAGGAGAGCCUGAUGAUCCACCAGCGCAGCCACCCGCAGGAGCGCUCGCACAAGUGUGCCGACUGCGGCCGCAGCUUCAGCCGCAGCGGCAACCUGCUCAUGCACCAGCGAGUGCACACCGGGGAGCGGCCCUACGCCUGCCCUGAGUGCGACCGCACCUUCUGCAACAAGGCCAACCUCAUGGCCCACCGCAAGCUGCACCGGCGCUUCAAACCCUACGCCUGCGCCCAGUGCGGGAGGAGCUUCAGCUUCAAGACCAAGCUGCUGCUCCACCAGCGGGCCCACGGGGGCGAGCAGUAGCCCCCGGCCGCUCUGUCUCCUGGCCGGCUGCGCGGGCUCUGCCGCUGCUAAGGGCCGGUGGCAGAGUGCUGGGGCGAGGCUUAGGCAUUGUGUCGGCCUGGGGGGUCCCCUGGGCCAUAGAGCAAGACCCCAGCCUUUGAGGGGAAAGCUGCUGUCUUGCAGAGACCUGGUGGGUCACUCUGGGGGGUUCUGCCAUUGCUAAGGAUGGGGGUGAAAUUCACCCCAGGGCGCAUGCGGGACUCAAGUGAUGCCAAGGCCUUGCCAGCCAGCCCUCUCCCGGGGUGAA